AAAGAUGAAUUCACAGCAUUUGCAUUUACGUCUCCAUAUGCAAGCGCUUUCGCCAUCUCCGAUUCGCACGGGCUCACUUCACCCUCCUCGGAAAUUCUCCAAGACCACGACCAACAACGUUGUAAAAAGCAAAUUAUUUCUUAGAUUAUGCAAUAAAACCUUUGAUUUCGGAGUCUGUGGUAGUUCUAGAGGAGUGAUUAGAUGCUCAGUGGCUAAGGAAGCGGGGAUCGAAGAAGAGCAGAAGCAGCAGCAGCAAUUGGGGGUUAGAAGGGCUUACCCUUUCCAUGAAAUAGAGCCCAAAUGGCAGCGAUUUUGGGACGAUAAUUUCACUUUUCGAACUCCCGGUGAUGUCGAUACUUCCAAACCCAAAUUUUAUGUCCUUGAUAUGUUUCCUUAUCCCAGUGGAGCUGGGUUACAUGUUGGUCAUCCACUAGGAUAUACAGCCACCGACAUUCUUGCUAGGUUCAAACGUAUGCAGGGUUACAAUGUUUUGCAUCCCAUGGGAUGGGAUGCUUUUGGGUUGCCUGCGGAGCAAUAUGCUAUUGAGACCGGAACCCACCCAAAGAUCACAACCGAGAGGAACAUUAACCGCUUCCGAACCCAGCUUAAAUCAUUAGGCUUCUCUUAUGACUGGAAUCGAGAGAUUUCUACGAUACAACCAGACUAUUAUAAAUGGACACAAUGGAUCUUUCUUCAGCUGUUAAAGAGGGGAUUGGCAUAUCAGGCUGAAGUGCCUGUCAAUUGGUGUCCUGCUCUUGGCACUGUGUUAGCAAAUGAGGAGGUGGUGGAUGGUGUGAGUGAGCGUGGGGGUCAUCCAGUCAUAAGAAAGCCAAUGCGGCAAUGGAUGCUAAGGAUUACUGCGUAUGCUGAUCGUCUUCUCGAAGACUUAGAUGACCUUGACUGGCCUGAAAGUGUAAAAGACAUGCAAAGGAACUGGAUUGGGAGGUCAGAAGGGGCUGAGAUGGAAUUUCCUGUUCUUAGCAGUGAGGGACAGGAAAGAGACAUAAAGAUUGAAAUUUAUACUACAAGGCCAGACACCAUAUUUGGAGCAACCUACUUAGUCAUGGCACCAGAGCAUCCCUUGUUGCCAUCAAUAAUGACGCCAGACCAGAUAAAAAAUGUGGAAGAGUACAUAGAUAUUGCCUCAAGAAAGAGUGAUCUUGAGAGGACUGAGCUUCAGAAGGAAAAAACUGGGGUCUUUAGUGGCUGCUAUGCAAAAAAUCCAGUUAAUGGGGAAGCAAUCCCGAUAUGGGUGGCGGAUUACGUAUUGGGAAGUUAUGGAACAGGGGCAAUUAUGGCAGUGCCUGCACAUGAUACUCGUGACUAUGAGUUUGCUUCAAAAUAUGACAUCUCCAUUCGUUGGGUUGUGACACCAGAAGAUAAAAAACUCGGUGAUUCUGGAAAAGCUUUUUCAGGCGAAGGCAUGGUUAUAAACUCUUCAAGUUCAACAUAUGGACUUGAUAUCAAUGGCUUGCACAGCAAAGGAGCUGCUUCCAAAGUAAUUGAAUGGGCUGAGAAAACUGGAAAAGGAAAGAAAAAGGUUAACUACAAAUUGAGGGACUGGCUUUUUGCUCGGCAACGAUAUUGGGGGGAACCUAUUCCUGUUGUUUUCUUUGAUGACACUGGUGAGAGCGUUCCACUUCUAGAAACUGACCUGCCCCUAAGGCUACCUGAGUUAGAUGAUUUUACUCCUACUGGAACAGGGGAACCACCAUUGUCAAAAGCAGAGUCUUGGGUUAAAACAAAAGAUCCUGUAUCUGGAAAACCUGCUAGACGAGAAACAAGCACAAUGCCACAAUGGGCUGGUUCUUGCUGGUACUAUUUGAGAUUUAUGGACCCGAGAAAUUCGAAAGAAUUGGUUGCAAAGUCAAAAGAAAAAUACUGGAGUCCUGUUGAUGUGUAUGUUGGUGGUGCUGAACACGCAGUUCUCCAUCUGCUUUAUUCUAGGUUUUGGCACAAGGUUCUCUAUGAUAUUGGCAUUGUAUCUACCAAAGAACCUUUCAAGUGCGUGAUAAACCAGGGAAUUAUUCUUGGGGAAGUUCAAUACAUGGCUUGCAGGGAUCCGGAUGGGAAUCUUAUCUCUGCAGAAUCCGCUGAAACAAUGGGUGAAUAUAAUCAAGAAAAGAUCCCAGAGGAAGAGGUCAUGAAAUCUGGAGAUUCUUUUGUCCUGAAAGACAAUCCAGAAAUUCGUUUGAUUGCCCGUGCCCAUAAAAUGAGCAAGAGUAGGGGAAAUGUUGUUAAUCCUGAUGAUGUUGUUUCUGAAUAUGGCGCAGACUCACUUCGAUUAUAUGAAAUGUUCAUGGGUCCACUUAGAGACUCGAAAACAUGGAAUACUAGCGGCAUUGAAGGUGUUCAUCGUUUUCUGGGAAGAACUUGGAGGCUGAUUGUUGGUUCACCUUUACCUGAUGGUACAUUCCAGGAUGGAACAGUGGUGGUUGAUGAGAAACCUACACUGGAACAACUUCGUUCUCUCCAUAAAUGCAUUGCAAAGGUAACAGAGGAAAUUGAAGGAACUCGAUUCAACACUGGGAUUUCAGCAAUGAUGGAAUUUAUUAAUGUGGCUUAUAAGUGGGAUAAACAUCCAAGAUCUAUUAUCAAAGCAUUUGUUCUGUUGCUUUCGCCAUAUGCGCCUCACAUGGCCGAAGAGCUUUGGUUUCGUCUGGGACACACAGAGUCAUUGGCUUAUGAGCCUUUUCCCAAGGCUGAUCCGGCUUACUCGAAAGAAUCCACCAUUGUCUUGCCAGUUCAGAUUAAUGGCAAGACAAGGGGUACCGUCCAGGUAGAAGAGACAUGCACAGAGGAGGAUGCUUUUCAGUUGGCAUCACAGGACGAAAAACUAUCCAAGUAUUUGAGUGGCAGAUCAAUCAAGAAGAUAAUUUUUGUCCCCGGCAAGAUCUUGAAUGUUAUUCUGGACCGCGAAAACACCAAGGUGGGUGUUAGCCGUUAGUUCUCGAUCUUCAUCACUUGUAUAGGUUCACUCUUUUUUGCGAAAGAAGGCACUUUAGAAAUAUAGGGGUGACACUGAAAAGUGGCAAGAACAAACUCUCGCCAGAUUGAGAGUCUCUUGGUUGAUCCAUGGUUAAGAAAAGAAGCUUUCUCGGCUGUAUUGAUCGUUACAGCCGCUCCAAAGAGGUAGGAUUCAGGAAAGAGGUCCUAUAAAGAAUUGCUCUGGAAGAAAAGUGUGGUUUCAUUCAAUGUGUUUAAUGGCAUGUUACAAAAAUUUUGCAGGGCACAUAUAUUAUUCUUUUGAAAAAUGCCCUAUAGAUAAUAGGUGUAUUUAUUUGCUUUUAAAGCUUUAUGAUUAUGAUGAUUGAU